CCCUCUCACACCUGAUCGCCACAGCUCACCUACACAGUCGUACCUCUGCUGCCGCGGCCCCUGUGUCCCCUCCCUUACCGGACUACAUGUGAAGUCUGUCACCGGGAUAAAUGCACCGGGAGCCACGGGAGAUCCGUUCCCAUCACUCAGUCUAUCGGCAGCAGCAGCAGCAGCUCCGCUUGUCAGACCCAGACCCGUGGGCGUUCUGGGUGGCGUCCGUCUGGGCGAGCUGAUAGGACGAGGAUUUGGCUCUACCUACCAACUGCUUCAUCCCAAAUUCACAAUAUAUGGCGAUGAGAAGUGAGAUGUAGAAAACGAAUUGGAGGCCGUUCAUGAGGGUCUGGGCUUCAGCUAAAACGGACUUAAUCUCCAACAUCACCACCAUCCACCUCCUUCUCCUCAUCUAACCAGUUGAUAUUUUUUUGAGAAUAACUAUCUGUAAAGUGGAGAGCACAUGACACGCUGGUGAAUCCCCGAGGCAGGUCCCACUCACAGACUGAAUGAGUCCAUCUUUGGCUUUCGGACGGACUCCUCAAGAGCACAGGACGGAUGCAAACAGACUAAACACAUCUUUCCAAAGACCCUCAGCGUCUCCGCCAGCGGUGCUCUAACCGAGCGGGGGGGAUCUUACACCGGGGGGAAGAGUCGUUUCACAGACAGGGAGAAGAUGCCAUUCCACCAUGUGCGGGCGGGCCUGCUCUAUCCAGACAACUACCUGAGCAGCUCCCUGACGGAGGGCAACGAAGCCUUCCAGCUCAACAGCAUCUCCACCGAGGAGCUGGGAGAGAUCCGUGAAGCGUUUCGUAUUUUGGACCGUGAUGGGAAUGGUUUCAUCUCCAAGCAGGAGCUGGGCAUGGCCAUGCGCUCCCUGGGUUACAUGCCCAGCGAAGUGGAGCUGGCCAUCAUCAUGCAGAGACUGGACAUGGAUGGGGAUGGCCAGGUGGACUUUGAGGAGUUCAUGACGAUACUGGGGCCCAAACUGCUGUCUUCUGACAACAGAGAAGGGUUCCUAGGCACCACCAUCGACAACAUCUUCUGGCAGUUUGACAUGCAGCAGCUGUCUCUGGAUGAGCUGAAGCAGGUGCUGUUCCACGCCUUCAGGGACCACCUGACAAUGAAGGACAUCGAGAACAUCAUCAUCACUGAGGAGGAAGGCCUCAACGAAAGCUCAGGAAACUGCCCUGAGUACGAGGGAGUCCAUCCCAAGAAGAAGAAUCGGCAGACGUGUGUCAGGAAGAGCCUGAUCUGCGCCUUCGCCAUGGCUUUCAUUAUCAGUGUCAUGCUCAUCGCAGCCAAUCAGAUGCUGCGGAACGGCAUGGAGUAACCAAUUGCACUGUGAGCAUGGCGAGUGGACAGAACAGCCACGACCUCACAUCUCGUCUUUGCAACCAAAGCAGGACCAGCUACAACCCGAGCACUUCUCUAAACAAUCAGUUGAGGUUUUUUUAGGUUAAUUUGAACUUAGAAGUAGUAGUAAAUGUGAGUGAGAUGACGAGAAAUAUAUAUUUGUUUUGCAUUGAAGAUGUCACCAUGUAUAGUUACUGGACUUACGGGUCACAAAGAACUGAAACAAUUAUGUUUUUAUAAAAAAAAAACGUGAGAAUAAAUAGAGGGUGUUAUUUUGACAGAGACCACUCUUUAAACUUGAUUUUCUAAUUACCAGAAAAAGUUUAUCAGGUGCUUUGAGCCAUUCCUAAUUUAAAAAUAACAGUGGUUAUUAUGAACAACUGCAUAUUUACCUUAGAGAAGUAGCUGAAUGUGAGUGAAUGAGAGCACUGAAUGUUAGGCACUGUAUUUAAAUGUAUUGUAAAUCCAUCACAUCUCAAAAAGUCAUGUUUAAACAUCAUCGACCAACUCAGUCCACUAAAUGUCAGGGCACAUGAAGUCUUUGUGUAAGGAGCACAACUCAAUACUCAGUGAGGGGAAACUUGGGAAUCAUCUCUUUGUCUGUAGGUGUGUCAAAGAUAGUAACUAAUGUAUCACAAAAUAGAUUUGGUCUAUACUGGAGCACAUGGAUUUUAAGCAAAAAGCAGAAAAGGUCUCUUUUUGACUUAAUUCUGUGCUUCAGAUGGACCAAAUAUCUGAAGUCUCUCCUGAUAAAUUAACUUCCUACUCUGAGAGACAGUCCAAAAAUGUAUUUCUCAAGGGGGUUGAAGCGGUUAACUUCUACCUUCACUAGACAGUACAUAAUAAGCUCAGGCCGUCUGAGAGGAAAAUAUAUGAAGGUUUGUGAUAAUUAGUAGGAACAGAUAUACAUUCCCAUGUUUUCAGUUAUGCGUUGGUAAAAAAUCCUUCACCUCAAUAUCUCCUUGUAAUACAGCCCAACUGUGGUAAUUAUAAACUGCACAAAAAGCAUGCCAGUAUGAACACUGCCAUAUCAAACAUUUGUCUAGCUCCCAUGAAUCUCUCUGUAUAUAUAGUAGUAAUUAUCUUGUGUAAUGUAGUGUUUGUUCCCAACAGCAGAAUGUAUGAAGGGUGGAAACUAGUGAGAUAAAUCAGGGAUAUACAGUUGAGCUGUGACACGCUGGAGGUACAGCAGCAGUUUCUUUUUGGAAAAGGUUGCAUUCUAGUGGUUUAAAUGAGAACUGCAGCUAAACACUUGAACCACCAUGUCUACAAGGUGUUCAGAAGUGAAGAACAACGCCACUGAAUUUGAGCUUAGAUAUUUGUUGUGUUGAUGUCACAUUUCGGUCUGAUUUGGUUCACUGUUUCUUAAAUGCAAAACCAAGUGUUUCCCCAAGAACCCAAAUUGUGUUGUCGCACCAGCACUCAGGUUUUGAGACUGAAGUGGCUGAUGCAGGACCUCGGUUAGUUUCUGGAGUCAUAGCUAUGGUUUAUGGUUCAGACCAUCGACCUGAUAGCACUACAAUUUUAAAGAGCUUACUGGAGUCAGGGGGUUUGACAAGAACAGACAGUCAUGCUCGUCUUUAUAAUGGAGCCCCCCGAGGAUGAAAAUCCCAGUGACUCCACAGAUUACUUUUGAGGAUUUUCUUUUUUCUUUCGGUGUAGAGCUCUGCGUUACAGAAAUGUAAUUGUUAAUCCACUGUUAGAAUAGUAUCAUACCAGUAAUGAUGUCCAUUAUUCUGUUGUCUAAGCAGAAGAUUUAGAUCAAAUAGUCAUUUCAAACAACUGAGAUUAAGUUAUUUUAAAGGUCACCUAUUGUGCAAAAUCCACUUUUUCAUGUAUUUUAUACAUCAACAUGUGUCCCCUCUGUGUAAAGAGAUUCUGAAAGUUUCAGGAAAAAAUAUUGGCUCACUUUUUGUCCUGAUCCAUUUAUAUAAAAACCUGUCUGAAAAUGAGCUGAUCAGAUUUUGGACACUUUAUGAUGUCAUAACGAUUUUUUGGCUUGUGCAACCAUUAGCCAAUCACCAACCAAGGUAACUUGGUUGGGAGUGGUCCUUAUUUCCAUCAAAGUAACAGACACAGAAUCAGCACUUUUGAAACAGGGCUGAAACAGAGGGGAUUAUGGGAUGCUGCAAUGAUCUGUUUGGUGUUUCGAGCCAAACACUUCAGAGACAUGUUUGUAUAUAUCUGAGACCUGUAAUAUAUUGAUGAAAAGCAGUAUAAUAGGGGACCUUUAAAGUCAUUAUCCGCGUCAAAACAGUAAACCUAAUGUCUAUUAUUUCUAAAUUCCAUACAUUUUUGGUAUUAACAGAUAACAUAUUUUCAUUUAUAAUGUGACAAUUAUUUAAACCAUAUUGCCCAGCCCUACAUUGAUGAGCUUUGUCGUACAUUUGUUGGUGAUCAUUUGUUGCAACAUAAUGUGCCAUAACGGCGACAUCCUGUUUGUGGAUUCCUGAAUUGCUCGGUGCUCCCCUUGGAUCUUGAGGCAAUUAUAUGUUCUGUUGUGUGAUGAAAUCAAUACCAGAUAUUUCCAUCACCUUACGUGCAGCCAUGUGAGUUUGCUGUCCAGGAAAUAAAGGGAAGAGGGCUUUCUUUUAAAAAAAAAUUGCUUUGUAAGAUCAAGUAUCACAGCAAAAAGUGUAUUAUACUGUAAAUCAGUAUGCAUGUUGUUGUUUAGAUUUUCAUGUCUUUUUGAAAGACUGUGGAAUCAGUUUAAUCUUUCUUUGUGGUGGCAUAGCCUUGGUUUAAAUGUAGGUAUGUGUCCUACUUUCACAUAUUUGACUGUCCAGUUUAUACUGUAAUAGUCAUUUUUUCUAGUUUCUACCAGCUAUCAAUCAAAUCAGAGUGCAGGAGAGGGCAUUUUCAUAAAUAUGCAAAAACAAGGUCACAUCUUCAUCAUCUGUUUCACGUCGUAUAGGGUAGAGUCUGUACUCACUGUGGGUUAAAAUUGACAUUGAAUAAAAUAUAAUGUGUGUUUUAGAUUUUUAUUAAAUGUUCUCACUGCCUCACAGUCCUGUGAAAACUGCUAUAUAAUGUAUGCUACACUUAUCCUUGUGAGUCAGUCUUUGAUAUUCUCGGCACAUUGAAAUCUGACCAAUGUUCUCACUGUUGGCCAUUAGCAUCACGGUCCUUUUGAAACCAGCAUAGACCACUCUAUCUUAACAAAGUCCACGUCCAUUCAGACAUCCUUUCAUGGUUUGGUAAGGGGCACUCGUAGAAAAAAACUUGUAUCAACACUUUUAAAGUGUACAUUAUUAUACUGUACAUCUGGGAAUCAAAUCAUGAUGUUCAUGUUUUUCAGAGUUGCUUUUAAGAUUUGUUUUUACCAACACAGGUUUUAUAUGUAAACCUUGGCAUGCUGCUUAGAAAAGGAGAAAGAAAACAGCAAUAGUCGCCAACUGAGUGGAUAUUUAAAAAUGCAAAUAACAAGUUUAAUCUGUCUAAUCUGAAAAUAAUAUAUAUCCAUAUAUGUUUAUGCAAUAAAACCUUGUUUUGAUAGAAA